CCCACCCUCGCCCUUUCCUCCUGUCACGUAUAUAAGGUCCCUACACCCUGGUCUCCUUCAGUAUAGCCGGGAAGCCGCCGGGGUGUUCGUGGAGGUGCAGUGAAGUGAUCGUAAUUUACAGAGCCGUACACUUGUACUCGUGAGUCUGACAUUCUUGAUCGCCUUCUAAGCACCUACCACCGACAUGCCUGGCCACGUCGUCAAGAGCACGGGUCCCGACCCCGACCCCACUGAGUACCUGUAUGUGUCCAUGGAGCAGAAGCGCAUCGACCAGACCAAGCCUUACGACGCAAAGAAGUCCUGCUGGGUCCCCGACGAGAAGGAGAGCUAUGUGCAGGGCGAGAUCCAGGGCACCAAGGGAGACCUGAUAACUGUUGGCCUACCUAAUGGAGAAACAAAGAACUUCAAGAAGGACCAGGUUUCACAGGUCAACCCUCCCAAAUACGAAAAGUGUGAGGACAUGUCCAACCUGACUUACCUUAACGAUGCCUCCGUCCUGUACAACUUGAAGACCCGCUACCAGGCCAAGCUCAUUUACACCUACUCUGGCCUCUUCUGCAUCGCCGUCAACCCCUACAAGCGUUACCCCAUCUACACCAACCGCACCGUCAAGAUCUACCAGGGCAAGAGGCGUAAUGAGGUGCCUCCCCAUCUCUUUGCCAUCUCCGACGGCGCCUACAGUGCCAUGUUGCAAUGUCGCGAAAACCAGUCUAUGCUUAUCACUGGUGAGUCUGGUGCUGGUAAGACAGAAAACACAAAGAAGGUGCUGUCCUACUUCGCCAACGUCGGCGCCUCCUCUAAGAAGAAGGGGGAAGAUUCAAAGCCGAACUUGGAGGACCAGAUCGUUCAAACCAAUCCCAUCUUAGAAGCUGUCGGUAAUGCCAAGACGACUCGUAAUGACAACUCUUCCCGUUUCGGUAAGUUCAUUCGUAUCCACUUCGGUCCGUCUGCUAAGCUGUCUGGUGGUGACAUUGAGGUCUACCUGCUGGAGAAGGCUCGUGUCAUCUCCCAGCAACCCGCUGAGCGUUCUUACCACAUCUUCUACCAGCUCAUGUCCGACCACGUCCCUGAAGUCAAGCCAAUGUGCUACCUGAGCAACGACAUUUACGACUACCACUAUGUGUCUCAGGGAAAGGUCACUGUGCCUUCUAUUGAUGACAAAGAAGAGAUGGACUUUACCCAUAAAGCCUUUACCAUCCUGAACUUCUCCGAUGACGACCGUGACAACUUCUACAGGUGCACUGCUGCCGUUAUGCACUUCGGUGAGAUGAAAUUCAAGCAGAGGGGUCGUGAGGAACAGGCUGAAGCCGAUGGUACCGAGGUCGGUGAAACUAUUGGCAAACUCCUGGGUGUGGAUGGUGUUGAGUUGUACAGGAACUUGUGCAAGCCCAAGAUCAAGGUCGGCGCUGAGUUCGUCACCCAGGGUAGGAACGUGAAUCAGGUUCUCUACUCCGUCGGCGCUCUGUCCAAGGCGCUGUACGACCGGGUUUUCAAGUCCCUCGUGAGGAAGUGUAACAUCACCCUCGAGACUGGCCAGAAGCGCGUUAUGUUCAUUGGUGUGCUUGACAUUGCUGGUUUUGAGAUCUUCGAUUUCAACGGCUUCGAGCAAAUUUGCAUCAACUUCUGUAACGAGAAGUUGCAGCAGUUCUUCAACCACCACAUGUUCGUGCUGGAGCAGGAGGAGUACAAAAGGGAAGGCAUCAACUGGGUCUUUGUCGACUUCGGUAUGGAUCUGCAGGCCUGUAUCGAUCUCUUCGAAAAGCCUUUAGGUCUCCUUGCCAUUCUCGAGGAAGAGUCCAUGUUCCCUAAAGCAACAGACAAGUCGUUUGAAGAAAAGCUGAAGAACAACCACCUCGGAAAAUCCUCCAACUUCAUCAAGCCGAAGCCGCCCAAGCCCGGCCAGAAGGAGGCCCACUUCGCUAUCGUCCACUACGCCGGCACGGUGCCCUACAACCUCGCCGGCUGGCUCGAGAAGAACAAGGACCCCCUCAACGACACUGUCGUGGACGCGCUUAAGAAGUCUACCAAUCCGCUCCCCGUCGAGUGCUUCGCUGACCACCCCGGCCAGUCUGGCGGCGGCGACGCCAAGGGUGGCGGGCGUGGUAAGAAGGGCGGCGGCUUCAUCACGGUGUCUUCAGGGUACAGGGAGCAAUUGGCCAAUCUAAUGAAGACCCUCAAUGCUACUCAGCCUCACUUCAUUCGUUGCAUUGUGCCUAACGAAACGAAAUCACCUGGCGUCGUCGAGGCUCCUUUGAUUAUGCAUCAGCUGACUUGUAAUGGUGUGCUCGAGGGCAUCCGUAUCUGCCGAAAGGGCUUCCCCAACAGGAUGCCCUAUCCUGAUUUCAAGCAUCGUUACUGCAUCUUGGCCUCAAGAGCAAUGGCAGCCGAGACGGAAGAAAAGAAAGCAGCAGGAGUUUGUCUAGAAUCCGUUAAAAUGCCAGAAGAAAACUAUCGUCUCGGUCAUACAAAGGUAUUCUUCCGUGCCGGUGUCCUGGGUCAGCUGGAGGAGAUUCGCGAUGACCGCCUGGCCAUGGUCCUAUCCUGGCUGCAGGCCUGGAUCCGUGGGUACAUCAGCCGCAUACAGUACAAGAAGCUUCAGGAGCAGCGCGUCGCCCUCAUCGUCGUGCAGCGUAACCUUAGGAAGUACCUCAAGCUCCGCAACUGGCCUUGGUACCGCAUGUGGCAGAAGGUCAAGCCGCUCCUCAACGUCACUCGCGUCGAGGACGAAAUGCGCGCCCUCGAGGAGAAGGCGGCCAAGGCCCAAGAAGACUAUGAACGCGAAGCUAAGCUUCGCAAGGAGCUCGAGGUUGCCAACGUUACUCUUCUUGAGGAAAAGAAUAACUUGCUGGUUGCUCUUGAAUCUACAAAAGGAAACGUGGCUGACUUCCUUGACAAGCAGUCAAAACUCCAGAGCCAGAAGGCUGAUCUUGAAGCCCAGCUUAAUGAAACAACUGAACGUUUGCAAAAUGAAGAAGAAUCCCGUAACCAACUGUUUCAGACUAAAAAGAAGUUAGAACAAGAAAUUAAUGGUUUCAAGAAGGAUAUUGAAGACUUUGAAUUGACCAUCCAAAAAUCAGAGCAAGACAAGGCAACAAAGGAUCAUCAGAUCAGGAAUCUCAAUGAUGAGAUCGCUCACCAGGAUGAACUCAUCAACAAGGUGAACAAGGAAAAGAAGCAUCUGCAGGAAUGCAACCAGAAGACAGCCGAGGACCUUCAGGGUAUUGAGGAUAAAUGCAAUCAUCUUAAUAAGGUGAAGUCCAAGCUUGAGCAAACGCUUGAUGAGCUUGAGGAUUCUCUUGAACGUGAAAAGAAGCUGCGUAGUGAAGUGGAAAAAGCAAAGAGGAAGGUUGAAGGUGACCUAAAGCUUACUCAGGAAGCUGUUGCCGAUCUAGAGCGCAACCACAAGGAGUUGGAGCAAACUAUCCAGCGCAAGGACAAAGAAAUUGCUGCUCUUGCUAGCAAACUUGAAGAUGAACAAGGGCUGGUUUCCAAGUCACAAAAACAGACAAAGGAACUACAAGCCAGAAUUGAAGAACUCGAGGAGGAAGUAGAACAUGAGCGCCAAGCCCGUGCUAAAGCAGAGAAAUCCAAAACUCAUUUGGGCCGCGAGUUAGAGGAACUUGGUGACCGCCUGGAUGAAGCUGGAGGAGCCACAGCAGCUCAAAUUGAGCUCAACAAGAAGCGUGAAGCUGAACUUGUCAAACUGCGGCGAGAUAUUGAGGAAGCCAACAUUCAGCAUGAAGCCGCUCUAGCCAGUCUGCGGAAAAAGCAUAAUGAUGCAGUUGCAGAAAUGUCGGAGCAAAUCGACCAUCUUAAUAAGAUGAAAGCCAGGACUGAGAAAGACAAGGACGCCAUGAAACGUGAGGGAGAAGAUGCCAAGGCAGCCAUGGAUGGUCUCGUUCGUGAUAAGGCUGCUGGUGAGAAAAUCAACAAGCAGCUGAUGCACCAGAUCAAUGAGCUUCAGUCUAAGCUUGAUGAGGCCAACCGCACCCUGAAUGAUUUCGAUGCUGCCAAGAAGAAGCUUGCAGUCGAAAAUUCAGAUCUUCUGAGGCAGUUGGAAGAAGCAGAAAACCAAGUAGGCCAGCUGUCGAAACUCAAGCUUUCACUUACCAAUCAGCUUGAAGAUACUAGAAAACUUGCUGAUGAAGAGAGUAGGGAGCGCGCAACUCUUCUUGGAAAGUUCCGCAACUUGGAGCAUGACAUUGAUGGUCUCCGUGAGCAGCUUGAUGAGGAGAGCGAAGGAAAAGGUGAUAUCAUGCGCCAGCUUUCCAAGGCUAAUGCCGAGUCUCAGAUGUGGAGAGCCAAGUAUGAAUCUGAGGGUGUUGCUCGUGCUGAAGAACUGGAGGCUGCUCGAAUGAAACUUGCUGCUCGCCUUGAAGAAGCCGAGGGGCAGAUUGAACAACUGAACAUCAAGAACAUGAAUCUUGAGAAGAAUAAGCAGCGCAUCUCCUCCGAGCUCGAGGCACUGCAUAUUGCUGCUGAACGUGCUCAAACCUUGGCUGAUUCUGCUGAGAAGAAGCAGAAGAACUUUGAUAGAAUUAUCUCUGAAUGGAAAAUGAAGGUUGAUGACCUCUCUGCCGAGCUGGAUGCUGCUCAGAAGGAAUGCCGUAAUUACUCCACUGAGCUUUUCCGUGUUAAGGCUGCAUAUGAAGAAAAUAUUGAACAACUUGAUUCCGUGAGACGUGAAAACAAGAAUCUUGGUGAUGAGAUCAAGGACCUCAUGGACCAGAUUGGGGAGGGAGGCCGGUCACUUCACGAGGUACAGAAGAAUGCCAGGCGACUCGAGAUUGAGAAGGAAGAGCUCCAGGCAGCUCUAGAAGAGGCUGAGGCUGCCCUGGAACAGGAAGAGAAUAAGGUGUUGCGUGCACAACUUGAGCUGAGUCAGGUCAGACAAGAAAUCGACAGACGCAUUCAGGAGAAGGAGGAAGAGUUCGACAACACUCGAAAAUGUCACCAGCGCGCUAUCGAUUCCAUGCAAGCUUCCCUUGAGGCUGAGGCUAAGGGCAAGGCAGAAGCUCUUCGAAUGAAGAAAAAACUUGAGUCCGACAUCAAUGAGCUCGAAAUUUCUCUUGAUCACUCUAACAAGGCGAAUGUUGACCUUCAGAAGCACAUCAAGAAGCUUCAGGGUGAGAUGAAGGACAUGCAGGUGCGCAUCGAUGAGGAGCAACGUCUCUCAUCCGAAUACCGCGAGCAGUAUGGCAUCUCCGAGCGACGCGCUAAUGCUCUUCAUGGGGAACUCGAGGAGUCUCGCACUCUUCUUGAACAGUCGGACCGUGGUCGCCGCCAGGCCGAGUCUGAACUGUCUGAAGCCCAUGAUCACAUCAAUGAUCUUUCUGCCCAGAACGGAUCCCUCACCGUCGCCAAGAGGAAGCUUGAGAGUGAAAUGCAGACGAUGCAGGCUGACCUUGACGAAAUGCUGAACGAGGCCAAGAACUCGGAGGAGAAGGCCAAGAAGGCCAUGGUUGACGCCGCUCGCCUGGCCGACGAGCUCCGCGCCGAACAAGAGCACGCCCAGAACCAGGAGAAGAUGCGUAAGGGUCUGGAGGUAUCAGUGAAAGAACUCCAGACGCGUCUUGAAGAGGUCGAAAAUAAUGCGAUGAAAUUGGGUAAGAAAGCUGUUGCCAAGCUGGAGUCCAGAGUGCGUGAACUUGAAGGUCAGCUGGACGACGAAGCUCGCCGUCACGCCGACGCCCAGAAGAACCUGAGGAAGUGCGAGAGGCGCAUCAAGGAACUCACCUUCCAGUCCGACGAGGACAAGAAGAACCACGAGAGGAUGCAGGACCUGGUCGACAAGCUCCAGCAGAAGAUCAAGACCUACAAGCGCCAGAUCGAGGAGGCCGAGGAGAUCGCCGCCCUCAACCUGGCCAAGUUCCGCAAGGCUCAGCAGGAGCUGGAGGAGGCUGAGGAACGAUCCAACAAUGUCGGCGGGCCCAGGGAACGCUCCAUCCUUAAUUUCUAAGAAGAAAUGCCUUUAAACGCUCCCGGAGGAACUGAAACAGAACAUGAAAAGGUGUGGUGAUUGUGUAUUCAUUUAUACACAUAUCCAAAUAGUAUAUAAACACAUUAUCCCAUGUAAUUGGUUAUAAUGUAGUUUCUUAUUUGAUUCCAGACUCAAUUUUACUCUUAGAUAUUAGUGAACUUGUGUACCUUAAUAAAAAUUAAAUGCAUUAUUUCAGAUGUCAAAAAA